AUGAUCCAGUGGUCAUAUGGUGAUAUUACAGGAAAUGGCACCCUGCUGAAUGACAGAAUGAGUUGAAUAUUAAUCAUUUCCCAAGACAAAGUGCAGUACUUUUGUAGGCUACGACAAUACACCCAUUGACGCUAUGAUAAGAUGAUUACACAUAUCUCAAAAAUAGAAUUCAAUUAAGGAUUGUUGUUUAGAUUGUGUAUAAUGUUCAGUACUGAUGGUUGAGGAGGGAGUGGUUGUUGAGAAGUGGCGUUGAGGACAUUGAUGCCACUUCCUCUGUCUUUAAAAGUCAUAACGACAGAGAGACAGCAGUACCCAGGGGUUAAGUGACGGAUAUGUUACUGCGCUGGUAUCUACUGUUGAUCUGUCUCAGUGCAUCAACCACAGCAGCAGGUAAUAAGACAAACUGUGUUUUUUCUCACAUAAUUGUAUGUAGAAUCACCGGUUUGGGCUCUGUUAAGCCUUUUUGCACCAGGAGCAAAGUUUACACUAUGUGCAAAGUUUGCACCUGUUUUUUCAGAUGGGUAUUAAACAUUUGGAGACUAAAAUUACAUAGUAGGGUAUAGUGCCCUACUAUGUAUGUAGAUAUAUAUGUAGAUAAAAUACAAUUUGAGCUUUGUUUUUGGUGUUUAACCCUUUCUGGGGGGAAAACGGGUUCAGCCUUUCAGCUAUGAUGUUUUGUUUUGAGUAGCAAAAUCUUAAUCUAUGUAUUACACUGCAUCUCCGAAUCAUGGUUUACCUUUUCGUUCACCUCUUUUCUAUAGAAACUAUCCUCUGGGUGAAUACAGGGGCGCAGUUUACCAUUAAUUGCUCCACCACUCUAAAAGACCAGGAUGGAAUGUACCUGUAUGUUGGGCUGGACAGAGACAGGGAGGUGUUGUAUUACCACCAACGUGACUCCAAGAUGACCCCCAGGAAAGGCUACUGGGACAGAGUGAAGACUGAGGGACCUAUGGACCAACUGACCAUCACCAUCAUUAACCUGACCAUAGAGGACACAGGAGUCUACUGGUGUGUUUACAAAAAAGUCAACAAAUCCACAUUUGAAAAUGUUAUCAACCAAGGCAGAGGCUCUACUCUGGUUGUGGUGAAUGGUAGGUGUAUGUUUACACUCCAGAUGUGAUGUGUUUUACUCUUACAUUUUAGUCAUUUAGCAGACGCUCUUACCCAGAGCAAUUAGGGUUAAGUGCCUUGCUCAAGGGCACAUCGACAGAUUUUUUACCUCGGCUCGGGGAUUAGAACCAGUGACUUUUCGGUUACUGGCACAAUGCUCUUAACCACUAAGCUACCUGCCUCUUCUAAAUCGACAGUCAAUUUCACAUGCUGACAAAAAUAGUGUAAUCUAGAAUCCAGACUAGUGUUGAUCAAUCUGUGGUUCAUGGACUGGCAGCGGUCCCUGAGGUAUUCCAGACCUAUUUAGUUAGCUCUCAAGUGUUAGUUUCAAUCUAAACAACCAUAGCCUGCUAGUCCAGAUACAAAUAAGCUGAGAAACACUGUUCUUCAGUGGCUUUUCUUUUCUAAAAUUCUGUCUCUGAUAGUUAUUCUGUGUGAGUGCUGCAGCAUACUGAUUAGAUUUCCCCAUUUGGUAAUGUCUUCCAUAGACAAUGCCCUACAGCUGCCAUGCCCUACAGCUACUGCGGUAACGCUGACCCCCUUUCACCCAGCCGACGAAAAGCCGUGCUUAUCUGGCUGGGUAAACAUCAUUAUCAUCACCAGCAUCUUGACCAUCCUGCUGUGUGCUGUCAUCUUCCUCAUCUGGGUCACUCCACAGGUGAGUGUGCUGAAGGUUGCCCGGGUGAUGGGUCAAUCACAUGUAUCUGUCUAACUCUUUCAAAACAUUGUCCUUUAUUAACAAGUUGUCCUAGUCCUACUAAACACUUUGGGAGCAUAAUAACAGUAUGCAGAUCUACAUUUUGUUCUAAACUCUGUCAAAACACAAUGUCCUUUCAAUGCCAGUCAUCGUAGUGACUGAAAUGGACAAAGGGCAAUUCAGAUACAUUAUUUUUGAAAUCAAUGUCCAAGAAUAAUUAAAGUGGUUGAAUUAGUAAAAAUGAUUGAUUGAUUGUAGCGCAUUAGAAGAUAUGAAUGAAGCAACAUUCCUGUUUCACAGGUGAAGAGGUGCUGUAACCAGGGAGGAUACACACCCCAGGUCUUUCCUGACUCGAUCUAUGUAGACAUGCGCAAGAAUCGCUUUCCUCCACCAGCCACACAGCAGGUAGAAUCAGACCCCUAUUCUGUGUCUACCAAAGGAGGACGUAGGACUACUGAGUAGCAUCUUCAAAUGCUUUCUCUGAAUAUUGCUUCUUUGCUUUCUCAGAAUUGA